CCCGUCGCUCGUUUCGCGGGGAAUGCUUAGAGCCGUGUUACGGAGAUAAACUUUGCAACCAUGGUGCAUGUCAUUUCUGCCCACCACUUUGUUGGGCAGGAGGUUGUCACCAUUGACAAUCCAUUGGCAAUGACCCCAGGACCGGACAAUGUCUUGUUUGUGUCCACCCCUGAUCACAAUGUGCACAUUUUGAAUGCCACAUCAGGAGAGCCGAUGAUGCCGCCAUUCUCAACUGUGGAUGCUGCUGUCAGCAUAUGCUACUCCAAGGAAGGCGACUACGUGGCGGCGCUGGAGGCGAAGGAGUCGCGCCAGAGCGCCGACUUCUCCUACAUCCGCGUGUACCGGCACUGGGCGCAGCAGGCGCGCGGCCAGCCCAUGCGCGCGCGGAUCGCGGCGCGCGUCACUCCCUCCAGCGCCGCCGCCGAGCCCGCACUCGAAAUGAUCGAGGUGCCGAUCAACGAGCACGCCACGGCAAUCGGCUGCUGCCAGCGCACCGGUAACCUGGCCGUGGCCUGCGGCACGCAGGUCACCGUGCACCACUUCGUCAUGAAGACGCACGACAUCUCCCGGUUCAAGUUCUGCGACCUGGAGGAGCUGGCGCAGCUGGAGCUGGACUUUGAGGUGACAGAGCUGGCGCUGUGUGAGGAGCUGCUGGUGUGCACUGGCGCUGACCGCCUGCAGCUGGUGCAGCUGAAACGGUGA